CGAUAUAGAUUGUCAACCCUUCGCGCCAGUUUGGAACCUCGAUACGAUUCCUCAGCAAUUAGCUUACUACAGUAGGAUCAUUAUCUCUUUUUAUAAACAUAAGAGGAACGCCGUUUGUACGAGACUUCCCCUGAACGCGCCCUAUUUUAUCGUCGAGUGGCCACCACGAGUCGAACCUUUUCAGUAUGGCCGAAGCAGGACAGCCGUUGACCCUGAGAACGGGCACCACCAUGUCGAGCACCCUCAGCGGGGAUGCUGUUCCCGACACAGACCCUACUACCACCGCCGGCCUCCUUGCCGAGCGCCUGCAAGCGUGGAAGCAUGCCGUGGGCUACCUCGAAGACUACAUGGGCGCGAUUGAAAAGAUCCACAAGGAGCAGAGCAAGGAAUACGAAAAGGUCCUCAAGACCAUCUCCAAGCCCCUGCGCGAGGGUUACCACUUCGACCAAAACCUUGGCGGCGUCGCCGGCUUCUACGAGAACCUGCGACAGAACACGCAGGCGUUGAUCAACAGCAACGCCGAGACCGAGAAGAGUAUCAAGGGGUCCGUCCUGCCGAUCCUGGACCGUCUGCACAAGGAGAUCAAGAACAAGGUCAAGGAGCUGUCCUCGGGCGCACAGAAGGGUGCCAAGGAUGUCGAGAAGGCGCGCAACACCACACAGAAACACAUUGAGCUGCUCGGACAGCACUCGGCUAGCUUCGAGUCCACCGGUGGCAAGAUGAACCCCAGCGAUGACCCGUACGUCCUCCACAGGGGCGUGCUCCACCGCCUGCACAAGCAGGUCAUCGAGGAGAACAACCACCGGAACGACCUGGUCGCGGUCCAGCAGAAUUUUGAGGCCUUCGAGGCGCACGUCAUCCAGGUCCUGCAGCAGGCUAUGGAGACCUUCAACCAGUUCGCCGGGGGCCAGGCACUGAAGACACAGGCCCUCUACACGGACAUGCUGGCUGCCGUCCAGCGCAUCCCGCCAGACUUUGAGUGGAAGGCCUUCCAGCAGCGCAGCGCGGAGCUGCUCGUCAACCCCAACGACCCGCCCAGGACGGUGGAGGCCAUCUCGUUCCCCAACCAGGACCACUCGUCGACCAGGCCGCUGAUCGAGGGCAGCCUGGAGCGCAAGUCGCGCAAUAAGCUGUCGUGGGGCUGGUCCAGUGGCUACUACGUGGUGACGGCGUCCAAGUACCUACACGAGUUCAAGGACUCGGACAAUGUCAAGAAAGACCCUACGCCCGAGCUGUCUCUGUACCUGCCUGAUGCGACGAUCGGUGCGCCCAACGGCGACAAGUUUAACGUCAAGGGCAAGGACCGCUCCAAGACGAUGAGCAGCAAGCUCACGGGUAACUCGGAGAUCAACUUCAAGGCGCACACGGCGGCGGAUGCCGAGCGGUGGUACGAGGUCAUCCGGAAGGUCUGCGGCGCAACAGGCCCGGCACUCGCAGCAGGAGGAGGGAAGGAGUCCGCCGAGCCGAUGAUCUGCCUAGCUGGAGCCUCAGCCACCACCACCACCACCACCACGACGCCGGCCUACUCGUACGCCUACAGCUAUGUCAUCUUCUACCCUGGCCGGGCUGAAAGAGCCCUUGCAAAAGGAGCAGACGAAUGCCUGUGA